CCUUCUCUUCUGUACCCGCCGGCUGCUGCUGCUCGGGAGAAGGUGACCUGCCAGGAGAGAGAGCGCGCGCGUUUCUUCCGCCGCCGCCGCCGCCGCCGCCAUGUCCAAACCAAUCAAAGUCCUCGUGACUGGUGCUGCUGGACAGAUUGCCUACUCUCUGCUCUACGGCAUUGCUAAGGGUGAUGUCUUCGGAGCAGAUCAGCCUCUUAUUCUUGUGCUAUUGGAUAUCACUCCCAUGAUGACUGUAUUGGAUGGCGUACUUAUGGAAUUGCAAGACUGUGCUCUUCCUCUGUUAAGAGAGGUAAUUGCAACUGACAAAGAAGAUGUUGCAUUUAAAGACCUUGAUAUAGCCAUCCUAGUUGGCUCCAUGCCAAGGAAAGAGGGCAUGGAACGCAAAGAUCUGCUCAAGGCAAAUGUGAAAAUUUUUAAGUCGCAAGGAGCUGCAUUGGACAAGUAUGCAAAGAAGACUGUUAAGGUUAUUGUGGUAGGCAAUCCAGCAAAUACCAACUGCCUGAUUGCCUCAAAGUCUGCUCCAUCUAUACCAAAGGAGAAUUUCAGUUGUUUAACCCGUCUGGAUCACAACAGAGCUAAAUCCCAGAUUGCUAUCAAAGUUGGAGUGACUGCCAAGGAUGUAAAGAACUGUAUCAUCUGGGGGAAUCACUCCUCUACUCAAUAUCCAGAUGUUAAUCAUGCCAAGGUGAAAGUGCAAGGAAAAGAUAUUGGAGUUUAUGAAGCUGUGAAGAAUGAUAACUGGCUCAAGGGUGACUUCAUUACUACUGUUCAGCAGCGAGGUGCAGCUGUUAUUAAAGCCAGGAAGCUAUCAAGUGCAAUGUCGGCAGCCAAAGCUAUCUGUGAUCAUGUGAGAGACCUUUGGUUUGGCACUCCAGAGGGUGAAUUUGUUUCCAUGGGUGUUAUUUCUGAUGGAAAUUCAUAUGGUGUCCCUGAAGAUCUGAUCUAUUCAUUUCCUGUUGUAAUAAAGGAUAAAACAUGGAAGUUGGUCGAAGGCCUUCCUGUUAAUGACUUCUCCCGUGAGAAGAUGGAUUUGACUGCCAAAGAGCUCACUGACGAAAAGGAGACUGCUGUGGAGUUUCUGUCCAGUGCAUGACUAGGUGCUGCUCAGGAUGCUUCGGGAGAUGGCUUAAACACAGAGGAGUCUAAAAGUCGUCUCUAAAUUCAGCAUCAAAUGCGAUUACUGUAUCCGUCAGUUGUCUUCCCCGCCCCGCUGCAGCAGUCAGUACCUUCUUUGUUGGUGCAUCUGUGCCUGUUAUUGAGUGCUCUUAGUAAUGAAGUUAUCACACAACAUGUUUCGAAAGUAGUUUGCACACUUGACCAAAUCUUCUUGAUUUAUUACUGUUUGCUUCUUGUAUUGCAUUGUGCAUUAGAAGGAUAGUAGCCUUUCAGCUUUAAUUACACCAAAACCAGCUAUAUAGUGCUAAAAGCUGAUUUUAUGAAAUGGGCUUUAGCACUUUAUUCAUCAAGUACAAUUAGAGCCACCAUUGGUCUUUAUCAAAGUGCACAAGAGCCUAUAUUUCUACCAUUAAAAUCUCUUAAGUAGGAAAUGCAUUUUGCAUACAAUGAAUGUACCAUAUGUUGACCAUCAUUGAUGCACAAAUUUUACUGGAAAUUACAUUAAAUGUUGCUGAGUAAGCAG